AACAAAUCAAAAUUGUCACUUAUCACGAGAAGCUCGUAGUUUCGAGUGAAUUAUUCGCUAAUUAGGCAUAAUAAUAACGUAAUUGUGCAACUGUUUGUGUUAAUUUUGUAUGUCAUUUAACGAUGCAAACUAAAAGGCGUUUAUAAUGCGGUUGCAGAUUCCUACUACCAAGAAAUCACUGACAGAAUCCAGCGGAUUUAAAGCCGGGGAAAAAUAUAUCGCCUCGCUGGACAUUGGCACCACUACGAUUAAAUGCUUUAUCUAUGCUGCCAAUCGUGAUAUCGCACAACUGGAUGUCGUUGGCACAGCCCAUGAGCAAGUCGAACUAUUGUAUCCAUCGCCUGGACAAGUGGAGAUCGUCCCCAGUCAACUGUGGGACAGCGUGAUACGUACGAUCAAAAAUGCAAUGGCGGACGCCUCACUAAGCGCCGAGCGAAUCGACUGUCUGAGCAUAUCAACCCAAAGGAAUACGUUCACUUGCUGGAAUCGUCUCACCGGAAAGAUAUACCACAAUUUCAUCACUUGGAAAGAUUUACGCGCGGAUAAACUCGUCCAUCAAUGGAACAACAGCUUGAAGCUAAGAAUGCUCAAAUUCGGCGCCCGAUUCCUGCACUUCUUUUCUCGUAGCAAGCGUUUUCUGGCCGGAAGUGUCAUCAAAAUGAUGAACCCGCAGGUCACCCUGCGACUCGCUUGGGUACUUCAGAACAACGGCGAUCUACAGCGCGACGUGAAGAACGGUAAUGUCCUGUACGGAACGAUCGACUCGUGGCUGCUUUAUCGACUGCGGCAGGGCACCGACCGGACGCGCUUUGUCGAACAUAUCAGUGAUGUGACGAACUGCACCGCGAGCGGGUUCUACGAUCCCUUCGGACAGGAAUGGGCCGGAUGGGCACUCAAUUUGUUCUCUAUUAAGAAAGAACUGCUUCCCAAGGCAGUGGAUAACUCUUAUGACUUCGGCUAUGUGCAUGAAUCACUGUUUGGAAGUCGUAUUAAAAUUGGUGCAUCGAUUUCAGAUCAAUCCGCAUCGCUGUGGGGGAACUGCUGCUUCGAUAAGGGAGAUGUUAAGAUAACACUAGGAACAGGAUCAUUCCUAAACGUCAACACUGGUUCCACGUGUUUGGCUUCAGUCCAUGGAUUGUAUCCGCUGGUUGGAUACAAAAUGACAUCCCCUCACGGUACAGAAUUAGUCUAUCUAAUGGAGGGGGCGUCCAACGAUAACGGUUCCAUCAUCGAAUGGGCAAUGAAUAUUGGACUGUUCGUCGAUCCUAGCGAAACGUCCGGAAUGGCUCUCUCGGUUCCCGAUUCGGACGGAGUUUCGUUCAUUCCGGCUUUCAGUGGAUUGGGGCCACCGAUCCGUGACGACACCGCCGGCACCGGUUUUAUCGGCAUCAAAGCAUCAACCCGGAAAGAACACUUGGUUAGAGCCAUUCUCGAAAGCCUAGCCUAUCGAAUCGCACUGUUGUAUGUGAGCACACUGGACGAAACACGGUUCACAUUCACCCGGAUCAAGGUCGAUGGCGGAGUGUCCCGGAACGAUUUCAUUUGCCAAACGCUGGCCGAUCUUACCGGGCUCCCGGUGGAACGAGGCGAAGUAACUGACUCAACGGCACUGGGAGCAAUGUUCCUGGCCGGGCUAAACGUCGGCAUCUGGCGUAAUAAGCAGGAACUUAUUCAUAUUAGAAAAAUCGAACGGAUUUUUCAGCCGAACGCGGCGAACAAAAGACACUGCAUGAUAAGUAUGCAGUCGUGGGAACGCGCAGUGGAACGCUUCAAGCGGUGGUAUAUUGCCGAAGAACUGAACAAGCUAACUUGAAAGUGCCUUUUUGGUACAGUUAUCGUUAUUUUUUUGUUGCAAUAAAAUAUAUUUCAAA